AUGUCGGGAUCCGAGAGUCCAGAGAACUCUGAAUUGGUCUCUGCCAUCCAGGAUCAAGUGGAAGANAUCUCAGGGUCGACGAGCAGUAACGAUGCUCUUCGCAUUUCCAUAUACCGCGGCGACGAGGUUGUGUCAGAGUUUGGACCGCUCCACACGUACCCGAUGUUUGGCGAGGAAGAGGUUAUCUUUGGUUACCGUGGACUAGACAUGUCCUUGUCUUUGGCUGCACACAACAUGCGGCCGCACAUGGACAUCUCCUGGACAGAGCAGUUCCCUCAGCUAGGCGAUAUCAAAGCGACCGACAUCCGUGGGGCCCUCGAGGACUUCAUUCCUGAGUCCGCCUAUGCAACCAAAUCACGCGCCAAAGCUCUCGCCGACCCGAACGCCGCAUCAUUCACACCACCGGGCACACUCCUCCAUUCAUACACACACGAAGGCCGUAAGUUCGAAGUCUGGAAGGCUACUCUGUCUGACAAUGGAGCCAAAGAAAUCAUGGAGAAUGUCCAGAUCUUGGUACCUAUAUUGAUUGAAGGCGGCACUAUCCUCGAGCUGGAUGAACCUUGGGUCGCAAACCGCUGGACUCUAUUCAUGCUCUACCAGGUCGACAAGAAGGAGGCAGGCACAUCACCAUACACACUCAUUGGAUUCUCGACAUCUUAUCGCGUAUUCACAUUACCUGAUCGCCGGGACCCUGCAAAGCACGAUCUUGCUCUCCUCCAACACGAAGAAUCAGACAUGGACGCAAUACUCCGCCGAUGGAAUUUAGAGACUAAUGGCGAAAACAAUGACGUUGUCAAGACUCCCCUACAGCUACCCAGCCGCGAGCGCAUCUCACAAUUUUUGAUUGUACCUAGCCACCAAGGAUCUGGACAUGGUGCUAGGCUCUACAAUACCGUGUUCCAAAGCCUCAUCACGCCCGAUAACAUCUGCGAGUUAACAGUCGAAGACCCCAACGAGGCCUUUGAUGACAUGCGUGAUGUUUGCGACUUGCUCUGGCUUCGCAACAACAACGAUGAUUUCGCGUCGCUCAAGAUCGAGACGCAGAUAGACAGCGCAAAGCUCAAGAUGAACGCGAACAUUCCCGUGGACGACAUUGUCCCAGGCGACGCCAAGGCUCGCAUCAAGAAGGCCAGCAAGAUCAUGCCCCGUCAACUAGGAAGACUGAUCGAGAUGGAGACAUACUCAAAGAUACCCAAACUAAACCGCUCGAUGAACAGGAUCUCGAGGAAGGAGAAGAGCUCCAACGAGAUGGAUCGUGCUUACUAUUUCUGGCGGCUGUAUGUCAAGCAGCGCCUUUACAUCUCUAACCGCGAUGUCCUUGCACAACUGGAUCGCGAAGAACGUGCUGAGAGAUUGGAAGCAACCAUCGAGAACAUUCAAGUAGACUACGACCGCCUUCUCGAACUUGCAAGCAAGCGCGCUUCCCUGUUCGACAAGAAGACCGCAAGCAGCACUUCGAAACGCAAGAAGAAGGCUGUUCUCGAAUCUGAUGAGGAAGAGGAUGAUGCAGAUAAGAAGAAGAGAAAGACUACCUAG